UGCACACAUAUUAUUUAUAGCAGAUCUGGGGCGUGCACGGUGUUUGAUAUUUUCCUCUUUUUAAGUAGAGGGACUUCGAAAAGUCGUAGGCACCCUCCUUGCCCCCUCCACUCCCUCCCAACCCCCAGUCAAAGUGCAGUGAGCAGGAACCCGCGUGCGGGCGCGAGGCGAACGCACCAACCACGCGUGUCCGGGCGCAGGUGCCGGGGGCGGCGGCAACUCCGCAGCGUCCGCUCGGGAGGAGAGUUCGCGGCUGAUCUCGGGAUGCCUUGCAGAUGCAAAAUGUGUCUCUGGCCAGCAGGAGGAAGGAAGAGGAAGUGAGAGCAGCGGCAGCCGGCGGCGCAGCAGCCGGCCGACCCAGAGUGUGUAGACACGUGUGGCCAUCUGCUGUAGGAUCUCCAGCCCCACUGGCUUUGGACAUUUUGGGGGUGUACAAUGCCGCCCCCCGCAGACAUCGUCAAGGUGGCCAUAGAAUGGCCGGGCGCCUUCCCCAAACUCAUGGAAAUUGAUCAGAAAAAACCACUGUCUGCAAUAAUAAAGGAAGUCUGUGAUGGGUGGUCUCUGGCCAACCAUGAAUAUUUUGCACUGCAGCAUGCUGAUAGUUCAAACUUCUAUAUCACUGAAAAGAAUCGCAAUGAAAUAAAAAAUGGCACUAUCCUUCGACUAACCACAUCUCCAGCUCAAAAUGCCCAGCAGCUCCAUGAACGAAUCCAGUCCUCGAGCAUGGAUGCCAAGCUAGAAGCCCUGAAGGACUUGGCCAGCCUCUCCCGGGAUGUCACGUUUGCUCAGGAGUUUAUAAACCUGGAUGGCAUCUCUCUCCUCACGCAGAUGGUCGAAAGCGGCACUGAACGAUACCAGAAAUUGCAGAAGAUUAUGAAGCCUUGCUUCGGAGACAUGCUGUCCUUCACCCUGACAGCCUUUGUUGAGCUGAUGGACCAUGGCAUUGUGUCCUGGGAUACAUUUUCAGUGGCGUUCAUUAAAAAGAUAGCAAGUUUUGUGAACAAGUCAGCCAUAGACGUCUCGAUCCUGCAGCGGUCCUUGGCCAUUUUGGAGUCCAUGGUGCUCAAUAGUCAUGACCUCUACCAGAAGGUGGCACAAGAGAUCACCAUUGGCCAACUCAUUCCACAUCUUCAAGGGACAGAACAAGAAAUCCAAACCUAUACCAUUGCAGUGAUUAAUGCACUUUUUUUGAAAGCCCCUGAUGAAAGGAGGCAGGAGAUGGCAAAUAUUUUGGCUCAGAAGCAACUGCGUUCCAUCAUUUUAACACAUGUCAUCCGAGCCCAGCGGGCCAUCAACAAUGAGAUGGCGCACCAGCUGUAUGUUCUGCAAGUGCUCACUUUUAACCUCCUGGAAGACAGGAUGAUGACCAAGAUGGACCCCCAGGACCAGGCUCAGAGAGACAUCAUAUUUGAACUUCGAAGAAUUGCUUUUGAUGCCGAGUCUGAACCUAAUAACAGCAGUGGCAGCAUGGAGAAACGCAAGUCCAUGUACACACGGGAUUAUAAGAAACUUGGCUUCAUUAAUCAUGUCAACCCUGCCAUGGACUUCACCCAGACUCCUCCCGGGAUGUUGGCUCUGGACAACAUGCUGUACUUUGCUAAGCACCACCAGGAUGCAUACAUUCGGAUUGUGCUUGAGAACAGUAGCCGAGAAGACAAGCAUGAAUGUCCCUUUGGCCGCAGUAGCAUAGAGCUGACCAAGAUGCUGUGUGAGAUCUUGAAAGUGGGCGAGCUGCGUAAGUACACUUGUUUUCCACAUGGGUGUGAUGCUUGACAGAGAUCUGGCUUCCAGGUUGUGCUCCUACCUGUAUAAAAAAUCCCUAAGGUGCUGAUCGCUUUUCUUUGUCACCACUGUGGACUGAACAUACUUAGACUCAGGUUUCCAAUGUAUGUAUUUUUGCACAUCU